CGCGGGCAAAAUCCUUUUCUUAUCAACAAAAAAAAUCUCAAUAAAAUAAAAAGAUAAAAUCUCAAACUUUCUUCUAAAAUUCGUUUUCCAUUUUUCUUCACUCUCUUUCCGGUGACGCCAUGAACGCCGCCGUGUUUAGUCCUUCUGCUUUAUCUCUCCCUAUCUCCUUCUCUAAAACCCGAUCCUCUUUUCUCUCCAGAAAGAAGGGCGUGAAAGGAGAAUUUAGGGUAUUUGCUGUGUUUGGUGAUGAGAGUGGAUUAGUUGAGAAGAAGAGUCAAUGGAGACCUUUGUUUGAUGUGGAGGAUCCUAGAUCAAAAGCUCCUCCUUAUAAAGGAAAGUUUUUAGAUGUUAAUCAAGCUAUUGAAGUUGCUAGGUUUGAUAUUCAAUACUUGGAUUGGCGUGCUCGUCAAGAUCUUCUUACCAUUAUGAUUCUUCAUGACAAGGUUGUUGAUGUACUUAAUCCUCUAGCUCGUGAGUACAAGUCCAUCGGUACAGUGAAGAAAGAACUAGCUGGAUUGCAGGAAGAAUUAUCGAAAGCACACCAACAGGUUCAUAUAUCUGAAGCAAGGGUUUCGACUGCUUUAGACAAGUUAGCCCACAUGGAAGAAUUGGUUAAUGAUAGGUUGUUACCUGGCAGAGUUGUAACGGAAUUAGAUAAACCCUCCUCUUCAACCACUGCUUCUGCUGUCGAGUUAGAUAGGGAAAAGACAAACACGGGUGCGAAAAGCUUGAAUGUUUCUGGUCCGGUUCCGCCUUAUAGUCCACACUUGAAGAAUUUUUGGUAUCCCGUUGCUUUCACUGCAGAUCUCAAGCAUGAUACAAUGGUACCAAUUGAAUGCUUUGAACAACCAUGGGUUAUCUUUAGGGGUGAAGACGGGAAACCAGGAUGUGUACGGAAUACAUGUGCGCAUAGAGCAUGUCCUCUUGAUCUUGGCACAGUGAACGAGGGACGUAUUCAAUGUCCGUACCAUGGAUGGGAAUACUCAACCGAUGGAGAAUGUAAGAAGAUGCCGUCUACAAAGUUACUGAAGGUGAAGAUCAAAUCAUUACCUUGUCUUGAACAAGAAGGUAUGAUCUGGAUUUGGCCCGGUGAUGAGCCACCUGCACCUAUACUUCCUUCUUUACAGCCUCCAUCAGGGUUUUUAAUUCAUGCUGAGCUUGUAAUGGACCUCCCGGUGGAACACGGUUUACUUCUAGAUAAUCUCUUGGAUCUUGCUCAUGCCCCAUUCACUCAUACAUCCACUUUUGCAAAAGGCUGGAGUGUCCCAAGUUUGGUGAAGUUUUUAACACCUACCUCGGGUCUCCAAGGAUACUGGGAUCCAUAUCCAAUCGAUAUGGAAUUUAAACCACCGUGUAUUGUUUUAUCGACAAUCGGGAUAUCAAAACCCGGGAAACUAGAAGGCAAAAGCACACAGCAGUGUGCAACACAUCUUCAUCAACUCCAUGUCUGUUUACCUUCUUCUAAAAACAAGACAAGACUUCUAUACCGAAUGUCACUAGACUUUGCUCCUAUAUUAAAGAAUCUUCCAUUCAUGGAACAUCUGUGGAGACAUUUCGCUGAACAGGUCUUAAACGAAGAUCUACGGCUAGUUUUAGGACAACAAGAACGGAUGUUAAACGGAGCAAACAUAUGGAAUUUACCAGUUGCUUAUGACAAGCUCGGAGUUCGGUAUAGACUAUGGAGGAACGCAGUAGAUCGUGGCGAUGAUAAACUACCUUUCUCCGGCUAACUGUUAUUAAAGAAAUCUAAUGGAAGUUUUUGCAGCUCCUUAUUCACCAGCAACCUCAGACAAGUGUAGGUUAUUAAUCUGGUUUAUUCUCACCGAAGAAAGAGCUUUGCCGAGUAAAAGAUCUGGAGUUUGUGGAUUCAUCUAAAAAACCGAUGAAACAAAGAACUUUUGCGUAGAUAAAAGGACAACAUCCACUGUAAAUCCAAAGGAGAUAUAUUGUUAUUCAUUUUUCCCUGUGUACAGUUCACUCUCUAUGAGAAAUUGAAUAUCAGUUUUCCCCACUAAACUAAUGUCUUCUAAGAACCAAUCGAAAGUUUCUUCAGCAAAAAGAAAGCUAAUAUUUUCUUAGCAUUGGU